AUUGUCAUAUUUUACGCGAAGACGAAGAGAGCGGAGGUGUAUAUGUAUUUUGGUUUCGCAAUUUUGCUAUGGUGUAACGUAAAAUGUGUGCAAACGAUGCAAAUUUACUAUAUCAAAAACUUCUCAAAGUUUAACGUGAUUGUGAUCUAUUCUAGUGGUUAAGUUUCCUGCUUCUUAAUAUUUUUUUGACGGAAAAGCCAGCAACAUGCACCAAUACUACCUUUCAGUGAUAUUUGUGAGGCUGGUUCUACCCGCAGGACUUCUACUGGCUAUAGCCCUGCGACCGUUCGGAUUGUCAUUAAUAUACUUGCUGCUGUACUUAAUAGCACCGCUAGCACAAGUGCCUGACACCAAGACAUAUUCCGGAUGGCGGGGCAAGUUCCUAUUGCUGAACUUCUUGGUAUCCCUAUUGGUGCUGUUGACGCAUGCGGCAUGGCACAGCGUGCUGGCAGCCUUCGCUCCCUACGGCUCGCUGCUGGACAAACUACCGCUGCUAAAACACAUCGGCUACAACCUCGGUCUUGUUUCCUUCGCCGACAUCGAACCCCUUAUGGCGGUACACUAUGUCGCACCAGAGCUUGUAGCAACUGUCACGUCGCUGACAGUAUACCUUGUGGUACGACGACUACUCGCCGUGAACAACACGGAUGAGCUGCCGAGGAAGGACUCCAAACACCAGCGGUAUCCAUUGCUCACCAGUGCAGGCAAAUACAUAGCGUUAUUCCUGAUUAUGUUCUCUGGAAUAAUGCGUCCGAGUGUGACUUCGGGCAUCUACUUCUUGGUGUUCAUGAGCGCGGCGACGGCGUGGUCGCUGGGCCGGCCGCUGGAGCGCGGCUUUGCGGUCGUCAGUCGCUGUAUCAUGGCCAUUAUGGCUGUUCACAUCACUAUCCUACUCCUAUAUCAGUGUUCUUGGAUCAUCGACGUUUACCCACCGGAUGAGAACUUUGCUAGAUACUUCGGUUUAACAAAAUUAGUAAUCUUAAAUGAUACAGAUUUAGAUGGUUUUACAUACGAAGUGACAGACGACCACAUGUGGGCGACCCUCGCCAGUCCCUUAGUCAUCCUCUUUACUUACUUCUUUCUCGCGAUCGAAAGCCGCGAACUGUUCAAGCCAAAGGUUGCAUAUUCAUACAUAAAUUCCCAAGCACUGCGACGGGACGUCGGUGAGAACACACCUUUGAUAAGCGCGACGUCGCCGAGCCGGCGCUGGCCGAGCGUGCGCUCGCGCUCCGGCUCGCGGCAGCUGCACCAGGACUCCACGGGCUCCGUUGUUGUCCCUGAUGAUGAAUCUGUAAUAGAAGAAGAAGAGCCGACAUUAAUGGAUGACGUAGUGGCAGCUAUUAUAGACUUUUUCCAAGUCCUGAUCAGGUCAUCGUAUAUAGCGACGACGAUCACGAUGAUGGCUUGGAGCAUAAUGUUCCACUCAUGGCUGACCUUCGUGUUCCUGAUGUGGGCCAACAUGGUCUGGCUGUGCCACAACCAGCGCUCCUUCAUGCUCAAGACUAGCCCCGUGCUGGUCUUCUAUGCCAUGCUGCUUCUCCUCGCGCAGUACAUAUACGGCAUGAACUUAUACGAAAGCGAACUACCGUCCAAUAUAACGGAGGUGAACCUGCGUCAGAUCGGCGUGGGGCGCGGCGAGGGCGAGCCGUGCGUGCCGCUGCUCAUCAAGUCGCUGUUCACGUGCAUGUUCUGGGUGACGCUGCGCCAGCGCGUGCAGGAGCUGCGCGUGCGCCGCCAGUCCGCCGCCACCGCCACCGCCACCGCCACCGCCGACCUCGCUGCGCCGUUGCACCUUACUGCCUCCACUGCAGGCGCCGCGGCGGAGGCGGGCGCGGAGGCGGGCGGGGAGGAGCCGCGGUCGCGGCUGCUGCGCGCGCUGGGCGCGUGGCUGCGCGCGGCGUGCGCCCGCUACUGGAUCUACGUGGUCGUCAUCAUGCUCUUCGUCAUCGGCGUCACCGGCGACCGCAUGACCAUCUUCCGCAUCAUCUACAUGUUCCUCUUCCUCGCCUUCAUAUUGAUGUUUCAAAUAAGUUGGUACUGGUGGCGGCGGCUAAUGUACAUGUUCUGGAUAACUGUCAUCAUAUACUCGAUGAUCAAUCUUAUACUCAUUUACAUAUAUCAGUUCGACAACUUUUCGAAGAUGAUAGAGAAAUAUCUUCUCAUCAAUGAGAGAUUACAGCACGAUUUAGGCCUGGAACCAUAUCACCCCGCGGAUUUGUUCGUCAAACUGUUGACGCCUACUUUGUUCCUCAUUAUAACAAUAAUGCAGGUUCAUUACUUCCAUAAAGACUUUCUGGCGCUUUCUGAUCCUAACACUACAACAAACAGUGUCGCGACUCGAAGAGAAUCUAGUCAUCCGAGCCAAGCUGGUACUUCUACAAUAAAAGAUUUUCCGGCACUACCUCUUGAAGAAGAACAAGCGGGCCCCGGCCCCAGCUGGGAGACCUCUAAAACGGACAACAUUCGGGACUCCAAACGCUCCUUACAUAGGAAGUCGUCCCGCAGCCGGUCGUACGCGGAGCGCGGGUCGCGCGGCUCGCACACGUCGCACAUGUCGCGCGGCUCGCGACUGUCGCGCGGUUCACGCGCCGCCACGCUGCAGCCCUGGCUGCUGGCGGCGCUGCGCCGCGCGCGCCACCUCGCGCAGCGCGCCGCCGACCGCGCCUUCCUCUUCCUCGACCUGCACCUCAUCAAGGUCAUCUUCCUCGCCCUCAUGCUGCUCUGCGUCAUGAACGUGUGUGCCAUGCAUGUACCUAUCAUGUUGAUAAUUUCACCAGCUCUUUUACUGAACUCUCGGAAACAACGUUUCUGCGUACUGUUGAUAUCGACCCUUAUCAGCAUAUACCUAAUGGCGAAAAUGGUAUAUCAAAUUGAAUAUAUCAAGCAUUCAUAUUUUGACGUUAAUUGCACUUCGUUUGAUUAUAACUUAACAACGUACAACAACGCGGAGUGGGUGGGCUUCUACAAGGCGACACACGACCGCCCCCUGGUGGUGCUGCUCAAAGGAUAUAUCGGACUUAUCGCAGUUUUUACUUUCUACUCGCUUGUCAGUUACCGACAGAAGAAUAUAAGAGAUCGAGGUCUUGUGCCAAGCGGUGCGGAAAAAUUAAUGUUCCCAGAAGUGACACGAAAAGAGGCAGACAAAGAUUUAAUGCACUGUGUCAAGUACUUGGUUAAUUAUGGUUUCUACAAAUUUGGUGUUGAGAUCUGCCUGAUCUGCCUGAUGGGUGUGAUCGGGUCGCGCAUGGACGUGUACGCGGCGGUGUACGCGGGCUGGCUGCUGGCGCUGGUGUCGUGCGCGCGCGCCCGCCUGGCGCGCGUGUGGCCCGCCUUCACCGCCUGCCUCACCGUGCUCGUGCCCCUCCAGUACAUGCUCUCCGUCGGCUUCCUGCCCCAGCUCUGUCUGCAGUUCCCCUGGAGUGGGGAAACACAGCAAAUUAAACACGUGCGUUCGUGGCUGUACCUGCCGUACCCCGCGGAGCCGCCGCACGCCGUGAAGCUGAUCUUCGACUACUUCCUGCUGGUGUUCGCGGCGCGGCAGCUGCGCGUGUUCCGGCUGGAGCGCACGCACGGCGCGGCCUACCCCGGCGGCUCCAACAGCGAGCACAUCGGCAAGGACUGGGAGACGCCCAACUUUGUUAACCCAGUCCCGGACUUCCUGGAUUACGUCGGGUCGUGGCUGGAUGUGAUCAAGCGCAUGGUGUUCCUGGGCAUGCUGUGGGUGACGCUGGCCAUCAUGUUCAUGACCGGCACUAAUAGAGUCAACCUCUUCUCUAUGGGCUAUCUCAUCGGCUCCUUCAUAUUCCUCUGGCAAGGCACCGACUUCUAUCUACGGCCAAAAGAAGCUAUUUUACAAUGGUGGUCGUGGCUGGUGCGGUACAACGUGUGCGUGGUGGUGGUGAAGGCGCUGCUGCAGAUCCCGGGCUGCAUCUUCAGCGGCGCGAUGCAGGCGCGCGCCUGCUGGCUGGUGCAGCUGCUCGGCAUCGGCUGCGUCGACAAGUUCGCCGGCGGGAACAUCGCGCGCUUCAUCAAGAUGCAGUACGACAAGGUCACUGCUUACGUGUUAAAAUGUUAUAAUGUUGUUUCUAUUCAUAUAGGAAGUGAGUCUGGUCGUGCGACUAGAAGACGCAUAUUCACUAAGCGACACGAAGCACGAGACAGGCCGCCGUAUAAGCCGCCCGCCAGCCAUCAGAAGGCCGUGCGUUCGGGAGAUUACUACAUGUUCGAUGAAUUCGAUGACACCGACUUGCACUUGAAAGACGACGAUUCAAGUUCCGAUGAAGAUGCACCUAAAGAAAUGGGAUUCGGCAAGCUGCUGUCGACGGUGAUCAAGUCUGACCUGCGGCGCGCGGUGUCGGCGCGGCGCUCCUCCGCGCCCGCCGCGCGCACCGACAGGCACUUCUCACUCGGCACCUAUCCGCACUCCGACCCACAUCAGCUUCGCACGCGGUCGCCGUCGGGCGCGGACAUGUCGGAUCGCGAUGACGAACUUUCCGAUAGAGACCGUCAGCCCUCGGAAAUAGAUGACUACGGAGUGAUGCCAGAGAAAGAAUCAUCCCUUGAGAAGCUGUACACGUACAUGCGGACGGCGUGGGCGUUCAUCUCUAGCCUGCUGGUCUCGCUGACGAGGCAUCUCAUGAAGUAUUCCCGGGAUUACCGCUACGUUUCAAAAACACUCUCUGUCGAGAAGAAAAAGCUUAAGGAAAAGGAAGGCUUCGGUAUCGGACUCCGAGAGGGAUCUCAAAUGAUAUGGGAGCCGUUGCCGGAAACUUUAGCCCAUCAUCGUAAAUUAAGCGAAAUAAGCGUGCCGGAGAUCCGCAUUCUGGCGCCGAGUAUGGAGCGCGGCCUGGACGCCAGCCCGCCGCGCCCCGCCUCGCCCGCCUCGCCCGCGCCUUCGGACGACACCUCCGAACACGAGAGCGCGUUUAGCUUACAGACUACCGAAAGCAAGGACGUGACUACGUUGGAAGAGCAAGAUGACUCGAUGUUUAAACAAGAUAAGUCGCCCAUUUUACAUCUCGCCUACGCGCUGUGGUAUGCGGUGCUCGCCCAUACAGACAUCGUUUGCUAUAUCAUGGUUUUUAUAAACCAGAUUCAAUCUGCGACGAUCCUCUCUAUCCCGUUGCCGCUUAUGGUGUUCUUGUGGGGAACAGUUACUAUACCACGACCUACCAAAACAUUCUGGGUUACAUUAAUUGCUUAUACGGAGGUUAUCGUGCUCAUAAAGAGUAUGUUCCAAUUCGAGAUCCUACCGUGGAACCAGAAGGCGAUCCCGGCCAACAUGCCCUUCACCGCGCCGCGCAUUAUCGGCAUUGAGAGGAAAUAUAACUACGCACUUUACGACCUGUUGCUCCUGCUUAUCAUAUUUUUGCAUAGGUUCAUGCUGAAGUCGCUGGGGCUGUGGAAGGAGUCGUCGCCGGAGCUGGAGCUGCGCGAGGACGCGCAGUACGCGCUGAGUGCGGACGACACGCGGCUGGUGGUGGAGGGGCGCGGCGCGGACGUCGGCCGCAAGUACCUGCGUCUGCACGACCGCACCGCACCGUUAGUACACCGACACAUUAACAACCACCAUACGUCCGCGAGCAGCCUGGCCAUCAGUGCGGUGCCGGAACUGGACGAGCAGCAGGAGGAGGAGGCAGGGCCUUCCAAACCUCCGGACGACGACCACUACAAAGUAAACGAUGAUGAGCCCAUAAUCGCUGUGACGACGACAUUAGAAGAUACAUACAAACAUUAUCCACAAGUAUUGUUACUAUCUUUCAAACGCUACUUGCGACCGACGCAGCGCUUCUUCAAGCGCAUGCUGGCGCCGGGCGCGCGCGUCACCGCGGACGUGUACGCGUACAUGUUCCUAUGCGACUUUCUUAACUUCCUAGUUGUUAUAUUCGGCUUUGCUGCUUUUGGGACGCACCAGGGCGACGGCGGCGUGCAGGCGUACCUGGAGGAGAACAAGGUGCCCAUCCCGUUCCUGGUGAUGCUGAUCCUGCAGUUCGCGCUGAUCGUCAUCGACCGCGCGCUCUACCUGCGCAAGUUCAUGCUCGGCAAGAUCCUCUUCCAGUACGCGCUCAUCAUCGGCGUGCACGUCUGGAUGUUCUUUGUGCUGCCCUUCAUCACUGAAAGGACGUUCAACGCGCUGCUGCCGCCGCCGAUGUGGUACAUGGUGAAGUGCGUGUACCUGCUGCUGUCGGCCUACCAGAUCCGCUGCGGCUACCCGCGCCGCAUCAUCGGCAACUUCCUCUGCAAGUCCUACCACUUCCUCAACAUGAUCUUCUUCAGAGGUUUUAUGGCGGUGCCAUUCGUGUUCGAGCUGCGCACGUUGAUGGAUUGGAUCUGGACGGACACCUCCAUGACGCUGCUGGACUGGCUCAAGAUGGAGGAUAUAUUCGCUAGCGUUUUCCUACUCAAGUGUUCGCGGUACGUGGAGGACGAGUUCCCGCAGCCGCGCGGCGUCAAGAAGUCCAGCACCUCCAAGUACCUGCUGGGCGGCGGAGUGCUCGCCUUCGUCAUCGCCAUCAUAUGGUUCCCACUCGUCUUCUUCGCCUUCGGAAACUCUGUCGGUCAACCAAACCCUCCCACCGAUGUGACUGUCAAGAUCCGCAUUGGACCUUUCCUGCCUGUCUACCAGAUGUCGGCACAGUCCCACAACAUUGAUAUCUAUUCAGAACAAGACUACACUCAGCUGAGCAACCUGUACGCGCGCGACCGCACCGCGCAGACCUUCCUCUCCAACUACAUGUACAACGACGUGGCCGUCAUCACCAUCAACCCCAACUCCACCAUGAAGUGGGAGAUCUCGCCCCCCGAGCUGGCGCGCCUCGAGCGCGAGGCGGCCUCCAACUCGUCACUGACUGUGAAGUUCACAUACGUGAUAACGCACCCGAGCAACAACGCGCAGAACCCGCCCACCAUGGAGGACAGCCGCGAGGUGGCGCUGCCCGCGCUCGUCGCCGGCAGGCCCAACCCCGAGCGCGACACCCUGCUGCAGCUGCUCACCGGCACCUCGCCCCCCGACACCUGGUUACACGUGAAGACUCUCUUCCCGAAAUUCGUUAAAGUCUUCAACAAAGGUGCAGCGAAGCCUGCGUAUCAGCUGAUGCCACCCACCACUGAUGAUGACGAGAACGCGCGCCUGUACCGCAACGUGGAGCUGCGGCUGGAGCGCGACGGCAGCGCCAUGUACUGGCGCGUGCGCGAGGCCUGCGAGACCAGGGACCCGAUGGCGUCAAUACCAAUGAAUAAUUGCGACAUGCUCGUCAUGUACACAUUCAACGACAAGCUGUUCCCAGAGACGCUCAAUUUCAUAUCCGCCGGCGGUAUAAUCGGACUGUACACGACGUUCGUGUUCCUGGCGUCGCGCGUGCUGCGCGGCUUCUUCUCCGGCAUCUACACCAAGAUCAUGUUCGACGACCUGCCCAACGUGGACCGCGUGCUGCAGCUCUGUCUAGACAUAUACCUUGUGCGUGAAGCGCUCGAAUUAGCGCUAGAAGAAGACUUGUUCGCGAAACUGGUGUUCCUGUAUCGCUCGCCGGAGACCAUGAUAAAGUGGACGCGGCCCAAGGAGGAGCCCGACGACCAGCGAGCGCUGCCCGCCUCGCGCUGACACUAUGACACCCCACUGACACCCCAUGACACCCUGUAAGAUAACCUGUCAUAGUCGAGUAAGCGGAACACAUGAUUGCCGUCGAUAUACUUUCCUGCCACAACAUGCGAAAAUACAUUUUUUAUAUUUAAGACUACGGAGUAUUGGACGUUACGUUGCACUUUAUGGAUCGUUUUGGAUAGAUACGUAAGUUGUACAGUAAGGGAUAGUUAGGUUACUUAAGAGUAAUAGCGGUGCUUUGAAGUUCCAGCCUCUUUACAAAUUAUCGUGGGCAAAUCAAUUAUAGCAUAUAGCACACUCACAUCACUGUUUACAACCGCUCUCCUCUCCGCGAUCAACAUUAUUUAUUUCUAGUACUUAAUUGUUUAUUUUUAACAUUUUAUAAUUAUAUGAACUUUUUAUACGCUCUCUUAGGUAAUUUUAAAUUAAAAUUACUAUAGAAAUAUACAUAUAAAUGACUGCAACAGCUUGUAAAAUGGACUGAGUGGCAUUUUUAAUCUUUUAUACUAAGAGCGCUUAGU